AUGACGAGUAACGAUGUAUUGGCGUACUUGGAACCUGUGACGAACCAAAACAUUUCAAUGGUCAAAAUGAUGUUGUUGGCAUUCGACGGUCGCAUAUUGGACGAUCAAAUUAAAGGAAACAAAGUGUUGAUUGUGUUGAAAGGAUUCGGCUGCCGUCCUUUGCCCACUAUUCCUGGGUUUAUAAUCACGGUAUGUAACCCGGAUUCACCCCCCCAAUUCACCCCGCCCCGCACCACUAUUGAGAGUAGAAAUAUCAAAUCCCUUUUCGAUAAAACUGGAAAUGAAAACGCUUACAAGUAUGAUGAUUUAUUCAGACACUAUUUAAAUCCUAGCAUCACUAUACCAACGGUUGCCACCUUCCUAAUCCUAUACACAUGCUAUAAGCUACUGGAAUUCACACUAUAG